CUUGGAGAAUUGAGUAGCUUCUUGGACAAUCCUUCUCCGACAAUGGCGCUCUGCCCGCCUGCACCCACCACGUGUCACGCAACUCAAACGAUACUAACGUUGAGGUCGCCCCAGCCGCCAUCUACCACUCGCAGCGCAUUAUCCCUCGAUAACCCCUCCUUAACUUCCCCGCAGAGUCCAAGCUUUCGCCGAUUUCGCCAGUUUCGCCACUUCCGCUCAGAUUCGCCGGUGGAACCCUGCCAGUGGCUCAGAGACUAUCCGCCACAAAGGGACGGGUGCAGAUUCUUGGGAAGCCGGUGGGCUGUUGCUGUAGCGACGAGUGCGAGCCAAUCGGACGCUGCCACGCCAGUAGUUUCCGAGGCUAGUAGCAAGCCUGCUUCUGCGUUUAUCGGGUUACACCAUGUGGGGAUACUGUGCGAGGAUUUGGAUAAGGCGUUGGACUUCUACUGCGGCGUGCUCGGUCUUGAGGUGAAUGACUCGCGACCCAAUCAGAAGCUGCCAUAUGGCGGCAAGUGGCUCUGGAUUGGCCAAGGGGAGGGCAGCAGGGGCGGCAUGAUCCACCUCAUGGUGCUGCCCAAUCCUGAUCCGACAUCUGGCAGACCGGAGCAUGGAGGCCGGGACCGCCACACGUGCAUUGAGGUUGCUGACGUGGCGCCGCUACAGGCUGCCCUGGAUAGAGCAGGGAUUCCUUACACUAUGAGCCAGUCUGGUCGGCCAGCUGUGUUUUGCCGUGAUCCCGAUGGGAAUGCCUUGGAGUUUGCACAGUUUUGAUUACGAACGUUGAAGUUGUGCAGUGAAAAUCUCAUUUUUGGCCUCCAGUGGUUCUUCAACACUUCUUCCUACCUAGCCCUGCCUACCCAGUGAGCCUGUACCGUGGGAACCCAUGAUUUCAUCCUCAUGAACCUAUACGUGCCUUACUCGUCCGUCAACCUCAAUCCAUGCCUUGAAUAUUUAAUACAUCCAUUUUAACACU